AAAAGUUAAGUCAACCGAUCUGGGUUCUUUUUGAUCUCUUAUUCUCGGUGCUCUUUCACGCAGCGCCGAGAAUAACCCUAAACCCUUCUAGCCCUUUCUCGAUCCGAACUCUCAUUUUGGCAUUGCGAUGCACUCUCUGAAUUCCUAUCUCCAAAAGCUUCCGUCGAACUCAAAAAAAAUUUUGGUCGUAUUUUCUCCCUUCUCUUCCCUCACUCUUUCUUCACACCCAGAACCGAAGCUUGCUCUUAUCGAUUACCUCGUCACCUCCUUCAAUUUCUCCAAAUCACAGGCGCUCUCCAUCAUAAACCGCUUUCCGCGCGCCAAAUCCCCUGAUAAUCCACGCGCAGUCUUUCUGUUUCUCCAGAAUCUCGGAUUCUCCACCGCCGAUAUCCAAUCCACUGCUCGCGUCUGCCCCCAAAUCCUCUUCACCAAUGUUGAAAAGACCCUUACGCCCAAGUUCAAGUUUUUUCAGGAUCUGGGUCUUGUGGGUUCUGAUCUGGGUAAGUUCAUGUCCAAGAGUUCCAGUCUUUUGACGAAUAGUUUGGACAAAAAGUUGGUUCCAUGUAUUGAUAUUUUGAAGAAAACCUUGUUGAAUGAUAAGAACAAUGCGGCUUUGUUCCAAGUUUUGAGUAGAGGUAGUUGGGUUGUCCGAAGUGAAUCUAAACUGUCCUCCAACAUUGCCUUUCUAGAAAGUCGUGGAAUUGUUGGCUCUCAACUUUCACGCUUAUUGAAGAGGCAGCCUAGGCUUUUUGCUUUGCCAGAAUCCUCACUUAACGAUCUUGUUUCGCGGGCUUUUAGUCUGGGAUUUUCUGUGGAUUCGAGGAUGUUUGUUCAUGGAUUGCAUACUGUUAGUUGUUUGAGUGAUGCCACAAUUGAAAGAAAAUUGAAGUUACUUAGGAGUUUUGGGUAUUCAGGAGAUGGAUGUAUGGAGAUGUUAAAAAGGGCACCAGGUUUACUUAGGACCUCUGAGAAGAAGUUAAAGCAGGGAAUGGAGUUCUUUCUGUUCACUGUCAAGUUGAAGAAGGAGGUGCUUGUCGGUAGACCUUCGUACUUGAUGAAUAGCUUGGAGGACAGGGUGAUUCCUCGAUAUAGAGUUAUACAAAUUAUGAAGUCAAAGAGACUGCUAAAAAAGGAGCCAAGUUUCCUAUGUACUUUGGAUUUGACAGAAGAGGUAUUCUUGGACAAAUACAUAUCCAAGUUUAGAGAUCACGCAGAGGAGUUGCUGGUAGCUUACAAGGGUCAUAUGUUGGAUUCUUCAGUAAAACAAGGCACCGUGCUAUGCCUUACCUCGGUCAUCCAUGCCACACCGGGGACUGCUGUAUACUACGAGUCUCCUUACGUUCAGCCUCAAAAUGCUUUGGCUGUCAAGACAAAGGGGCAUGGGGUGGCUGGAGUGAAGAAGGACUUGUGGAACAAUGGAGCAGCUUGUGGUAGAAUUUACAGAGUCAAAUGCACUGGAGGUGCCAAUAUGGCUCCACUCCACACCCUUGCAAGUUGCAACCCAGGCAGUAGAUUGUGGUUCCAGACUUACAGUGGUUGAUUAUUGCAAACAACCAUGAGAUGGAUUCAUCAAUCUAUCUUUCUAAACAAGCUUUCUCUAAGAUUGCUGACCCCCCUAAAGCUGGCAUAGUUAAAAUUGCCCAUUUCACUUGCUGCUAUGCUGAAUAAAUAGAAUGAAGGAAUCACCAAGGUUCUUCACUCAUGUGGAUGGACUCUUGCUAGCUGCUCCUGCUCUCUUAAGCGUUUAUAAGGGAAACUACUAUGUGAAAUAUAUAUUAUGUACUAGAUUUAUUUUGUAUCCUUUUUCUCGAGGAGAAAAUGGGUCAGGAUCAAACUAUGGGACUUAACAUCGGAUUCGGAUAUUCUUCGACCGAUUUGUGCGUAUCUUCACAAUUCUCUCUCAUUAUUUUGUAUGAAUUAUGUGCAAUAGAUCAUGUUAUUCGACCAGAUUCAGAUUGGUGGUGGUGUU